AAAAACAAGUGACAUUCGAGGUGACAUUUCUCGUGGAUAUUUUUUCGACUAUCAAAAUAUCAAAAAUAUUUUUCAUCGAACAGGGAUUUCGAGAGAAUAAUACGAUAAAAAGUGUGCUUGAACGAUAUUCGCAAAAAAAACACCAUGCUGUCCAGUGCUAAACGGUUAUUUGCUGUUGCUAGCCGAAAUGUAAGAAACUUCCAGUCUUCAUCGUCAGUCCUCAGUGACAAUCUGUUCGUUCAUCGUGAUACUCCCGAAGAUAAUGCCAGCACCCCGUUCGAAUUCACAGCUGAAAAUAAAAAGCGUGCUGAUGCUAUCCUUAGCAUUUAUCCGGAGGGCCAUAAACGCGCUGCAAUGAUUCCACUAUUGGACUUAGCUCAACGGCAACACGGCUGGUUACCGAUUUCGGCUAUGCAUAAAGUUGCAGAGAUCUUAGAUUUACCGAAUAUGCGCGUGUACGAGGUGGCUACAUUUUACACAAUGUUUAUGAGGAAACCAACUGGUAAAUAUCAUAUCCAAGUGUGCACCACAACCCCGUGCUGGCUAAGGGGAUCUGAUGAAGUCUUAGAAGCGUGCAAGAGGAAAACUGGAAUUAACGUUGGCGAAACGUCCAAAGACAUGAAAUUCACAAUAUCCGAAGUAGAGUGCCUGGGUGCAUGCGUAAAUGCACCGAUGAUGGCAGUGAACGAUGAUUAUUAUGAAGAUUUAACCGGAAAGGAUACAGAGGAAAUUAUUCAAGCCUUAAAAGAUGGCAAACCAACACCAGCCGGCCCGAGAAAUGGUAGAUUCGCAUCUGAGCCACAUGGUCAGUUAACAUCGCUCACUGAAGAGCCAAAAGGUCCGGGAUUCGGGCUUCAACCAGGAUUGUAAAUCAAUGACGGAUUACCAUUGUGCAAUUUUGCUGCAUUGAAAAUUGCGGAAAAGAAAAAUUGAAUUAAAUAGUCGUUUUGCGAAA